UGUGGUUUUAAAUGGGCGGAGCGGCGGCGGGUGUCGAGGCGGGCGGUGGGCGGCCCCCGUCGGCCCGCGGCGCCCAUAUAACCCCACCUUCCGGGCGCGGACCGCCGCGGUAAUUGGCUGGAUGUGGUACUUGGAGAUGUUGAGCUGGCUCCUUCCCCCCAUGUCCCUGCACGCGCACAGGGGCGGGUGGUGCGGGGGGGAGCGGGAGGCAGGGCUCGGCGGCGGGGCUCCCGCCGCUCCCUGCCUGCCCGCCGCCGUGCCCGAGCCGCUCUUGCUGCUGGGCUGCUGCCUGCGGCCGCGGGACCCGGCCGAACCGGGCCGAGGGGAGCGAGGGCGGCUGCUGGCGGCGGCCGAGAUGAUGGCGGAGGGCGGCGGGGCGGCGCGGAGGAAGGCGCUGUCGCUGCUGGAGGCGGCGCGCUCCCGCUACGAGAGCCUGCAGAUCUCCGACGACGUCUUCGGCGAGUCGGGCCAGGACAGCGGCGGCAACCCCUUCUACAGCACCUCGGCCGAUUCCCGCUCCGCCGCCUCCUCCCAGGACGACGAGGACGACGAUGAGGAAGGCGAGGGGCUGCGGGGCGGCGCGAGACGGCGCCGAGCCCCGCGGGGCCCGGUGGAGGAGGAGGACGAGGAAGAGGAGAAGGGGGGCUGGACCCGCUCGCUGCGAGACGUCCCACCCCCUCGCUUCAAGGAUAGCAGCGGUCCAACACGAAAAAUGCCCCUGACUGCCAGUGCCAUGGACUUUUUUCAACUCUUUGUCCCUGACAACGUACUAAAGAAUAUGGUGGUCCAAACCAACAUGUAUGCCAAGAAGUACCAGGAGAGGUUCGGUAAGGACGAUGCCUGGAUUGACGUCACCUUGACAGAAAUGAAAGCCUUCUUAGGCUAUAUGAUAUCGACCAGCAUCCACCACUGUGAGUCCGUUCUCAGCAUCUGGAGCAGCGGCUUUUACAGUAACAAGAGCAUUGCACUUAUCAUGACACAAUUACGGUUUGAGAAGAUCCUGAAGUACUUCCACAUUGUGGCCUUCCGCUCGAGCCAGACAACGCAUGGCCUCUACAAAAUCCAGCCUUUUCUGGACUCUCUGCAGAAUGGCUUUGACUCUGCUUUUAGACCUUCGCAAGCCCAGGUACUACAUGAGCCCCUGAUUGAUGAAGAUCCUAUUUUCAUUGCAACAUGCACAGAGAGGGAACUGCGCAAAAGGAAAAAGAGGAAAUUCAGUCUCUGGGUUCGGCAGUGUUCAUCCACUGGUUUCAUCUGCCAGAUUUAUGUCCAUCUCAAAGAAGGAAGUGGUGCUGAUGGGCUGGAUGCUUUGAAGAACAAACCACAGCUUCACAGUAUGGUGGCCAAAAACCUUUGUCAGAAUGCGUCUGGGAAGAACUACAUCAUCUUCACUGGCCCAAGCAUUACCAGUCUGAAUCUCUUUGAAGAAUUUGAGAAGCAAGGGAUUUACUGCUGUGGGUUGCUGAGCACCAGGAAGAGUGACUGCACAGGCCUACCUCCAUCCAUGCUGAACAACCCUGAAACUCCCCAGUCCAGAGGACAAUACAGAAUACGAAUGAAGGGAAACAUGUCCUUGAUCUGCUGGUACAAUAAAGGGCACUUUCGUUUUCUGACCAAUGCCUAUUCACCGGUUCAACAAGGAGUUAUAAUUAAAAGAAAAAGUGGAGAAAUUCCAUGCCCAUUGGCGGUUGAAGCAUUUGCUGCUCACCUUAGCUAUAUCUGCAAAUAUGAUGACAAAUACAGCAAGUAUUUCAUUUCUCACAAACCAAACAAGACCUGGCAACAAGUAUUCUGGUUUGCCAUCAGCAUCGCUAUAAACAAUGCCUACAUCCUCUACAAAAUGUCAGAGGCCUACCAUGUGACAAGGUAUAGCCGCGCACAGUUUGGUGAAAGACUUGUAAAGGAGCUUCUGGGCUUGGAAGACACCUCACCUUCCCAUUGAUGCAUUGUUCUUGGUGGUGUAGUCAGGGGGUGGAGGGUAAGCAGAAGAAGAUACCAUACUUGGAAUGGGAAAGCAAGGAACUUGUGGCACCACCAGUGCUGUCCUUAUCCAAAAAAUGCCAAGUGAUGCCACUGGAGGGGUGGAAACUUUGUUCCUGGUAGCAGCUGGAUGUAAACACGUCCUGCAGAAAGCGCCACUGGAAAAGCUGACACAAAACUGCAUAUGUAAAUGUCCUGUUGGAAUCUGUACACCAGAAAUGGACUUAAAUUAGUCAUCAUCUCAAUACUAUUUGUUGAACAGGGUCAUCUUGUAAAAUUCCUCUUGGGCUAAGAGCUAGUCGUAAGCUGAUGUAGCUCAGCAGUCCUAGGCAGGUAUUAGAGAAAAUGCUGUACUUGGAGAUACUCAAUUCUGGGACAAGCAAUGUUAGGUCUGCAGCAUGGGCUGUGGUUGAGAGUGCCUGCCACCCUGUGAGGCAUCACUGCUGCCCUCUCAGUGUGGUAAAAGAAGCAGUUCAGAUACAUGAACACUGAAGCAAGCAUAUUGACAAACAAAACCUUGACAGGCAGGCAGCCAGGAACUGAGGACCGGUUAAGACUUUUUCUUUCUGUCUUUUUUUUUUCCCCCCUUUAAUUUCUGUAACGUAAGGCAAUUUGAUCCCAGUUAUAAAACAGCAAAAUUAGGAGAAAAUAAAUACAUUAGUGAAUUUAGAAUGGAAAUACAUGACAUUGAUUUUCUUUUUUAACCAGGAUGAAACAUUUUAUACACUCUCUAUUUGUUUAUAAUACUAUAAGUGUUAACAGUGAGUAAAUCAGUGAGUAAUACUGCCUCACAUCUUACUGCCACGGUCAGUGUACUGGUGAGAAAUCAGAGUAUAACAACUAUGGGUUUUUUCUCCUUGAUUUCAGAUGUACCUUAAAGGUUGUUUAAAAGUCUAAUAUAAUGGACUGUUAAGUUUUUAUGAACAACAGUUGCUUUUUCUUUUGUAACCGUUAAAGCAUUUAGUCCAUUUUAGAACUUCAUUUGGCACACACUUGGCAGGAAAAAAUGUCAUUAAGAGCACUGUGUUUCCCAUUAUCACUGUGGGGUGUUUUGUAGGAAUUCUUGUUAGAAUUCAGGUUUGUCACAGUAGUUGUGAUUAAGCAGAUUACAUGUUUAGCAAAGUGACGUAGCAUUGUGUUUUACGAAAAGAAAGAAGUCCAAUUGCAGCCAGACCUUAAACCUGACUUAACCAGAGGAAACUCAAAGAGUUCUCAUGUUCUGAGUAAUACUGUAGAGGAUAAGCAUCUCAAUGAGCUGGUGCCCGUGGCUGAAACACCAUGUUUUGGUGCUGGUGGAAUCUGAAGGCCACUGAAGCUUUAGAAAACAAUGCUGGGAGAAAGAGAGGUACGAUUGAAAUGGGGGAGAAUUGAUGCUGCAGUGAAAUACUGCCCUCUACAUAUUAUUGAUUUCAGUCCACAACUAAAGCAGAAAAAAAAAAUAUUCUGUAAUCUGAAGGUUACAAGUGAUGGACACAAACAGAAUUGCUUUAACUUACAGGGCAGAAACUAGUUGCUUAGAGAAUCAGCUGGUUUUUGGUUCCCAAGCCUGGCUUUUCCUGAAAAGUUUUACCAAAGAAUGAUUUGGGUUGACCCAAGAGGGAUGGUGGGAGUGAUUGAUUGAUUGAUGGAUGGAUGGAUUUAUUUCUUUAUCAGUAUAAACCUCACAGGUUAUAUGUAUCUAUCUGGCAAGACACAAGAGCAGGUAACCAACAUGAAUUUGAGAACUCCACAGAUUUCAUAAUUAUGUGAUGUGCAGGUGCAUAGCAUGUAAAUCAUUACAGAGGAAGAAUCCAGCAGGGGUUAGUAAAUUCCUGACUAGCCCAAAGGGCAUGUUUUAUUUCCACCAAAGUCUUAUUUUCUUGGAGUAGAGAGGUAGAUUUUGCCUGGCUGCAGGGAAAGCGAGGGGAUGGCCAACUCCUCGGUGGUUAUGCUUGCAAUACAGCCUGGAGACCAUCCCAUGCGUCUUACUCUGCCCACCAGCUGCGCAAUGUACAGCAGUGGUGUUCCUAAGCAUCCACUUUCGCUUCUCAGUCCACAAAGUCUUUACCCGGGAAAUCUGUGAGAAAGGACAAAACUUUGUGCACUGAUGCCCUCAUAGUCCCAAAAAGAAGGGGAGGGUUUGUGCCACUCUAGUUCUUGGCAGUGCCAAGAUGCAUAGGACCCCAAGGACGAGUUUAAAACUUCUUGUCCCUGCAGAGAACUGAGAACACCCAUUUUCGGACUGAGUGUGUGCAGUAGCUAGUUCUUGUGAGUUUUCUAAGUAUUCAAAGCAGGAGAGAUGGUAGCAUGAAAAGCAAAUGGUCAGCAAUGUAAGUCUAUGAUUUCCUUUUUGUUUUUUUUGGUUUUUUUAGGAAAUGCCACAGAGGUACCUGAAAGCAAAUGGUGUUCUUAGUGUUAGCUCCCUACAUCAGACAAUGCCAGUCCUCUAAAUCUAUGUUGUAGUCAAGAUCAGGACAGUAAGGAAAGGUCUGGCUGGAACUUUGCUGAUGGGGUAGCUUGAAUAACAGUAACUUCUGCGAGCGGAGUUUCCUUGCAUUCUCCUGCAAUGCUGGAGCAUUUGCAAGAUGCACAUGCCUCCAGCAGAGAUGCAGAGGUUUGCAGGACCUCCUGUGAGUCACUUGGCGCUUCUGAGGAGCAAGCACAGCACUCUCCAGCUGUGUCAUAGACCUUUGAAAUAGAGCUGGAGCCCUUGGCCAGUUGUUACAUUACUAUGUAAGCUUAAAGGCUUGGAUCUAGGCCAUCUUGUAUAGAAAAAUGCCUUUUCUUUUUUCAGGUGACAAUAGAUCCAAGGCCUUGGAAUGUUUAUUUUUCCACUAAUGUUUGCUGUUAAUUGUGCAGAUUACUUGAGCUAAAAUCAUGAGGUCCUAGCUUUUUGCCUCAGGGACUGGGUCCUGAGUAGUUUUCCCUAGAAUUGGUGUUGAUGGGGGAUUACACAGUGGCUGACUAUUACAGGGAAGAUGCUUUAGUCUCCUUUGUAAAGGAGAAAAAUGAAGACAAAAUUAUAGCUUUGCAAUGAAUUUAAUUUUCGUAGCCUUAACCAUCCCUCAUCAUAUUGAGCUAGUGCCCUAAACAUGAACAAACAUUCCAUAAAUAAGCAAAAAUAUUUAUAUAUAUUUAUAUGUACAAAAUGCCUGAAUUUGGCUCUCGCUGCCAACAAGCAAAAGCCACCAAAGCAUAGUCUAUAGCCACAGCUGACUAUUCCACCUCAUUUUCUCCAUUUAUUGACUGGGAGUGGAUAGGGGUUGGGAAAGUAAAGAUUUCUCCGUGUUGAAAAAGCAUCUUGCACUUUCUCUAUGUUACUACAAACAAAACAAAGUGAUUAAGGAAGAAAUUUAAUCAUUUUUAAAAGGCAAAAGUUUAAAUACAGCUCAGCUUCUGUAGCACUUCCUUUACUGCAAACUGGCUUACUCAGAUUUUGUUCCACCUCCUUGUUACAUUAAAGUUUCUCCCAGAUAAAGGAAAAGAAGUUGUUAGUCUCAAAGUAGUACAAGGAUGCUAGUUAUAGUGUGCACGUGUGUGUUAGUUGUACAAUGGCUCGUGAAAUUAUAGCAAGUGUGGGUUCAUUUGGAUUUUUCUUGUAGCCUUGAGACAUUCUUGAUAAAGAGACCGUAAAGCUCAAUAGGAGUUAAAAUGCAGUGGAAAUGCCAACCAGGUCUCUUAAAUUUUUUUCUAGGGAAAAAAAACAGUUUGAGACUAAAGCAGACAAGGGAGCCGGAAGGCUCAUUUCUCUCCUGCUGGAUUGAAUAUUCAUUCACACAUACUUCUAAAAACUGAAAGUUACUUAUUUAUGGUACGCAAACUUUUGUUUCAAAUAACUAAGAUCAUCAGCAAGACAUAUUGACCACCUUUUAUGCACAGUACUCCUUUCAAGAAAUGUCUGUCCUGCCAUGAUCCGUUCUUGGAAAAUGUUUCUUUUCCCAGUGUGUACUAUAACAUUGACUAGAGCUUAGAAGCCUCUGUGAAAUCAUUUCCACUGCUGUUGCCUCGGUUGAAAAAAGUUUCAAGGGCUUGCGGAAACUCUGCCGCUUUUUACUUCAGCCGAUUUGUGCACUUGGCACUAGGGCACAAUUUAAAGAAAUCUUGUCUCUCUUUUCAGUUCCUAUUCUCUAGCCCGAGCCCUUCUGCAUUUACAAGGUAGUGGAAGAAUCUGUGCUUAUAGAUUUUUUUCAGUGUCCCUAGUGGGAACAACUUAGUUUUCUGUAGAUACUUCCUAGAGGAAAAUGAAUUUAACUGUUACCAGACUGACAGUAAGGACAGCAACUCAAAACAGCAUUCCCAUUCUUUACCUCCAGCUACGCUUAUGCAGCCUUUUUGUUUCCCUGAAGAUGGUUUUUUUCCAUGUAACAUUUAUUUAGUAGUCUGCCUUAAGCUGAUGAGUAGUCUUACAUGUCUUAGAAUCCUCUAGUCCUGGAGCUGAUUUCAGUGAUGAGUAGGGAUUAUGCUGCACUGAUAAUUCUGUGCAUCUGUGCUACUUUCCCUGCAAGGAUUGCAAAGUGCUUUAACAGCCUCAGCACUCAUGACGUGUCAUUAUCUCCUCAAAUAGGAGCUUCCCCUUUCCUAAUCAGACACUGACACACAGCACAGGUAAGCAGGUGAUGAAAUUGAAGUGGAGUUUGCACUCCUGCUGAUUAAGUCCAUGUCCUGCAUUUUCAGUGACUUGGUUCUUGUUCAAGUACUUUUCCAAACUACAGAUGAAAGCAUGCCAAGCAUCAUUCCACUCUGAAGUAGGAGCUGUGGGAAUUUGUCAGCACAAGCUCCUUGCUCCAUAUAAGAUGGAAUGAGUCAAAACCAAGUUGUCCUGAAGGUAAGAGAAAACUGGAUAAAGCAUAGCAGACUGAACCUGCUUAGAGGAAGUAAAUGGAGACUCUGAAGCUCUGCUAUGGUCCAGCAAUCAACGUCAAAUUUGGACAAAUAAUCACUUGAGAAAAAUGACCAAGGCUUAGAUGGAAUAUGAAGUCUUCCAUCCAUCUCUGUUGCAGUUUACCACAGCACUUUCUUGUUGCUAGAACUGAUGUAAGAUGAGUUGUUUAUAAAACAAGAGCUCAUCUCAAUCUGAUUGAGAAAAACAUUCAAGCGUCAAAGUACUGUUAGCAAUGUUUCACAAAGGUAAGGAACUCUAAGCUCAAAACAUGUAUAUAUUUGCCUGUCCUUAGCUACGAGAUUUUGCACAGACAGAUCACGUCAUAGUCUGCUCAAAUGCACGCCUAUGACCAGUGCUACUGAUAUAUAUUCCUUCUUGUAACAGUUCUUCCCAAACCUACCUUUGUUUCCAGAAGCAUUAUGAACUGGAACUGGAAAAGCUCCUUUAUCUGUCAUCUCACUGCUGGGGAACAGCUGACAAUAUCUGUGCUUUGUACAAAAUGGUCUCUUCCUCUUCUUUUGAGAGAAUGCUCAGUGUCUUCAGAAAUCUAGCCCUGGAGAAGUUUCCUGCCUUAUGCUUUCCUUUGCUCCCCUCAUUCCAUGCAUUUAGAGCACAUCCAAAUCAUCCCACAGGUUCUUGGUCAGUCUAGAAGAGGUGACAACGUGGAGUUGGCCUUUCAGUUUACUUUUAUAGUAUUACUUUGCUGAUCCUUUUUGCUGUUUUGCAAAUCUCAGAUGAAACAGGGUAUUGUUUGUGAAGCCUAUACUAAUUACAAUCACUGUGAAGGUGUUGCCUGCUUUACUCCAUUAGUGCUGCCCCUCAGGUUCAUAGGGACCCAGGACAGGUAUCAGGGUCACCACACCCUCUGGAUCCAUUGGUCCCAUGUCCAUAAUGUUCCUCAGCUCUGGAUCGCUGUCAAAGAGGAGCCUUUGACAUGGUCUAGGGAGCUUUUUGGUGGUUUGGAUUUUUUUAAACCCUUCCACUUUGAGGAGUUUGGUGAACAGCUGUUUGGUAUUACAAAAAGGCCUUAAGUGGUAAAACCCCUUUGGUAUCACUCUUCUGAAAUAACAGUUGCUUGUAUUAGAUGUCAGGGUGGUCCAUGCAACGUGUAGUGCAAAAAUCUUAUCCAUGAAAGCAUCGCUCUGCAGAAGUGCUCGUUUGAUGUAACUGCAACAAUCCUUGAACAUGUGGGGGACCUGGAUGGAGAACCUAGUGGGAAAGGACUGUAACACCAUCCUGUAGGGCCACAAUGUACGGGGCCUGAUUGGAUAAACAGAGAAGGAAGAGAUGAGUGCAGUUUGGGCUAAGAGCUCCUUGAGCAAAUGGACUUCAAACUAGUCUCCCAAGUUUUACUAGAGAAGGGAAGAUGCCAGGCCCAUACAGUUUGCUCCCAGCCUUGGUAAUUCUAUUUCUAAAAUGAAGAAUCUUGAAAGUGCUUUUGCUGUUUAAGUAUUUAUAGCAUGCUCUGGACUUCAAACAGAGCAAUUUUUUCUAUUUUCAGUACUUAAAAACUGAAAAGCAAAGGCCAGUACACUAGGUUCAUCUGUCCAGAACCCCAGCCCACAUGGUAUCAAACUCUGUGGUCUUACUCUUCAAUUACUCUGUGUCAAGGUGUACGUAAAACGGGACUGCUGAACAAUUCGCACCUCUCUAUGAAACAGUUAUUUGUUUGAUGGGAAACAAAUUGCAGGUCUCUUGGACUUAGUUUUGCAACCUGGAUUUUUCUUCUUAUUUUGAGCCAAAUCUUUGCCUGAUUAAAUUAACUUGACCCUAUAGUCUGGGAUGAGAUUGGAGAUAGCAAAACUCAGAUAUAUGCCAGAGAUUAAUCUGAUUCUUUAUAGGUGAAGCUAAUCAGCACAGUCUGAUACAGGGAGGAGUUUAAGGGGAACAAUGGGUUUGAGGAGGCAAAGUUCAGCGGUUGGGCAUGCAGAAGGAGAGGAACCAAGUGAUCCCUUCUAACUCAUUUUUCCAGCAUGUGUCCCACCUCCCCUGCUGCUUUUGAAUUAAAAAGACUGAUAUUUAACACAGUCUGCACAGCUGCUUUUGUGACAUAAACCCAGCUUUAGCUACAUUGCUGGCCUCACUCCACACCUUUCCUUAUACUCUACAUGUUCAGUAGUCAUCGACCUUGGAGUCAAAGCGCCACUGCAUGUCAGCACAAUAUGGAAGCAACAGUCUGAGGAAGUGCCACGGUAGGAACAGGAAUAAUGGGAAUUCUGGAAAAGGAAUCUCCCCUCUGCAUUUCAUUUUCAUUUCUUUUCAAUUUGUGCAACCUACAUUCCAUCAAAUGCAGUGAUGGUACCAAACACAAAGAUGGGCCUUCGCUGGCCAACUGCUUUUGAGGUGACUCCAUUGGGCUGUGCUCACAUCGGAGACUGCAAUUCUGUUGCAAAGUUCCAUAUUCUUUAUGAUUCUAAAGAUUUCUGUACAAGUGUAAAUUCCAGAGGUAAAACAUACACUGCAAUUGCUUUUUGUGGUUUUUUUUUUUCCUUUUUUCUUUUUUUUUUAAAGAAAAACUUCUCAGAGCAAUUUUGUAACAGCCAAGUCUUUCAGGAAAUGCAGGUGUGUGACCUCUUCCCCGUAAGAGAUACACAACUGUAUUCCUGCAUGGGACAGGGGACUACUACUUUUGUGACACCAGUUUUGUUCUACACAAAGGCACGCUUGCAAUAAAUUUUUACAAGUUUUGUACACCAUGAGCUAAAUUCUGAGUUCCAAAAAUGUAAAGUGUGGCAACAAUAACAAAAUGGAUUUAUAGUGUCACUCUGAUAUCUUGUCAUGUGAUUUUAUUUCUUCAACGAAGUUUGUUUACAAUCAGCAACUUUGAAAUACAGUCAGAUAUAUUACC